AUGUCGCCAGUGGCAGAUUAUGAACUGCUCAACAGGGCCAGUGGUAGAUCAAAGGCUCUUACCGACGAUGAGAGCAGGGCCCAGGCCCAGGCCCAGGAACUCUACCACGCCCGGAAGAUAUUGGACGACAUGGUGCAGGAGAGCACAUGUAAUAUCUGCUACGAACCGUUGUGUAGCAUGCACGUUACGCACUGCGGGCACAGUCAUUGUACACAGUGCAUCCGCACGCAGUUUAGAGAGAUGGGAGUGCUGAACGCCAUGUGCGGCAAGAUCUACGCUCAAUGCCCGACUUGUCGGGUCGAGAUUAGCCUUGACGUGAGCAGAAACGGCCUUCUCAUUGUUCCUGUUGCUAUUGCAGCAGAAAAUCAAUUGGUGCGUCUUCGCAAGUGGUCACAGCGGAGGGCCCAGGAUGAGAAGCUGUUAGCUCAGGAUGUGUCCCUUCCCUCCACGGCUUCUUCGCGGGGUCGACUCGCCGAGGCCAUGACCCGAGAAGACGAGAUGCGCACCUCAACGACAGGUGCCAACACAGUCGCCUACGGCAAUGGGAUUCUCGUACGUGAUCUCGAGAUACCACCGAUACCGUACGGCUGGGUACAGAAUGCUGCGCGGUCAAUGCCUACCAUAGGUAUGACCUCGUCCUCAACAGAGACUCAGCUUCAACUAGCGGGCUACCAGCCGGGUUAUAUCCCAGUCGUAUAUCACCACCCCCCGCCUACUUCAUAG